AUGGUGACUACUGAGACCAGGCCAGUAGUCCGCGUCCCAAAAUGCACUGUCCCGAAAGACCUCUCGGGACAACCGAUACCUCAUAGCAAGCGCUGGGGUUAUUCAACCCACUCGUUUGCGAAUGGGAACUUCGCCUCCAGUGGGGCUUAUAUAAUUAUAAUCACUGCAUUUUUAUCUUUCAAUGCAUCAUCUACCGGCCACAGGAUCUAUGAUUAUCUGGAUCAAACCUAUGGAGAAUACAACAUGAACGUAUGGGGCACAUUCAUCAUUACGUCUGUUUUCUUCUGGUUCUGGUCUGCGGUUUUUGCCAUCCCUGAUCUGACUGGAUGGCCCGCAUGGCUGUUCAAAUAUAAAACACAGCCUUUUGUUCGAGUCAAUGGAUCCGCAUACGCGUAUAUUGCGGCUAUUUCGUUUCGAAACCAGUUUCUCGUGGCUCUGCCCCUGAUCAUUUUCAGUGCAGCCGUGACUCCGUUGAAGUCUGUCUCCCCGGCCACAUUACCAUCGUCCCUCCAGACGCUGGGGACCGUGCUUUUUGACGUUCUCUGCACCGAGGUGGGCUUCUAUUAUAUCCACCGGUGUUUUCAUUCAAAGCUCUUAUACUCUAUUUUCCACAAACAACAUCAUGAACACACGGCACCGGUUGGCCUGGCCUCGACGUAUUGUACCGUGACCGAGCACAUAUUUUCCAACCUUUUACCAAAUGUUCUCGGCACCGUGCUUGUUCCUCAUCAUUGGUCCCAAGCUGUGUUCACCUUCGUUUUCCUAGAAUUCGGCACGAUUUGUACACACUCGGGAUACAAUAUCCCGUGGAUGCCAUCGAAUUUGCAACAUGACUUUCAUCACUUCGCUUUUGAUGAGAAUUUUGGACCCACGGGACUUUUAGAUGGCAUCCAUCGAACCAACAAGAGGUUCCAGAACACGAUGGAGGGGGCAAAACGUCGAGUGGGCGGGGAUGAGGAGAGAGCCCGUCGUCUGGUUCUUGAGAAUCUUGCUCAAAUUGAAAGUAAAGAGGCAGCAAAAUCCAAAUAAGAGAGUAUCCAUAAUAAACGCAACCAGAUGUGGC